AUGUUUCAAGGUAGAUACGCAAUGUGUAUGCAAACGUGUUUUGAGAUUAGUAUUUCACAAUGCUCGUGGAUUGCAUCCUAUGAAUGCAUGUUACAAAUAUAAAUAAAGAAUUUUUAUAUUGUUGACAACUAUACAAGUAUACAAAAUGUCAGAGGUUAAUGAAAUAAAUGAUAUAAUUAAUAAUAUCAAUCCAUCACAAAAAAUACCGCAAAAGGCAUCAAAACUUGGCUUAUAUCUUAUUGGAAUAACAGGAGGCAUUGCAACAGCUAUUAGUGUGAUAUGUAUUCCAUUUGUGAGUCCUGCCUUUCGCAAAAUAUGUUUGCCUUAUGUACCAGCUACGUCUCAGCAAAUAAGAAAUGUAUUGCAAGCUUUAGAAGGACGUACUGGUUCUUUGAUUGAUCUUGGAAGUGGUGAUGGGCGUAUAGUCUUUGCAACAGCAAAAGCAGGAUUUAAAGCUCAUGGAAUUGAAUUAAAUCCUUGGUUAGUAUGGUACUCUAGAUUAAAAGCUUUAGUCACAAGUUCAUCUUUGCAGACAAAAUUUAUAAAACAGAAUUUAUGGAAUCAUAACUUAAAAAAGUAUGAUAAUAUUGUGUUAUUUGGUGUUGAUCAAAUGAUGAAAGAUGUUGAAAUAAAGUUUAUUAAAGAGCUACAAGAAGAUUCUGUUAUAAUUGCUUGUAGGUUUCCACUUCCUACUAUAAGUGAAAUAAAAACAAUUGGUGAAGGUGUUGAUACGGUUUGGAUAUACAAGAUUUCAAAAAGUUUAAAAUAGUAUAAUUAAAUAUGAAUUUUAAAAUAUUUAUAAACAUUGUAAAUAUUGCGUAAUUAUAAAUAAAUUACACUGUAUAAAUCAUGAUACAUAUCAUAAGUAGAUAAU